AUGCCGGUGCGGCGGGGGCACGUCGCCCCCCAGAACACCUUCCUGGACACCAUCAUCCGCAAGUUCGAGGGGCAGAGCCGCAAGUUCAUCAUCGGCAACGCGCGAGUGGAGAACUGCGCCGUGAUCUACUGCAACGAGGGCUUCUGCCGGCUCUGCGGCUACUCGCGGGCCGAGGUGAUGCAGCAGCCCAGCACCUGCGACUUCCUGCACGGGCCCCGCACGCAGCGCCGCGCCGCCGCCCAGAUCGCACAGGCGCUGCUGGGCGCCGAGGAGCGCAAGGUGGAGAUCUGCUUCUACCGCAAGGAUGGCAGCUCCUUCCCGUGCCUGGUGGACGUGGUGCCGGUGAAGAACGAGGAUGGCACCGUCAUCAUGUUCAUCCUCAACUUCGAGGCCGUGAGGGAGCCCGAGCCCGGGGAGGCCCCGGCCCCCAGCACCAACCACUGGGUCACCCCGGCCCCCUGGGGGCCUGCAGGUCGCAGCCGCUCCCUGCGGCUGAAGCUGCUGGCGCUCACGGGCAGCCGCCAGUCGCUGCCCCCCGAGCCCCCGGAGCCCCCGGACGUGGUGGUCGUGGACCCGGGGCUCGCGGACCCGCCGGCCCCGGAGCCCGGCCCGCCUGGCAGCGAUUCGGGCCCCGAGGACGCCUCCUCGUCGCUGGAGGCCGGGGACCGCGCCGAGGACGAGGCGGCGCUGAUGGGGGACCCCGAGCCGCCGGUGCCGCCGCCGUCGCCGCGGGCCGAGCGCCUGGCGCUGGCCUUCGCCAACCACAGCCUGGCCCGGAGCCGCUCCCGGGAGCGCCGGUCCCGAGAGAGCCUCCGCAGCCUCCGCCGCGCCUCGUCCGUCGAUGACAUCGAGGCCAUGAAGGGCGACGGGGACAAGCGCUGCCACAGCCGCCACGCCAGCGCCAGCGCCGGCACCGGCCUGCACCGCGGCUCCAGCACCGGCGCCGUGGCCGCCGUGCGCAGCGCGCUGCUCAACUCCACGUCGGACUCGGACCUGGCGCGGUUCCGGGCCAUCGGCCGCAUCCCGCAGAUCACCCUCAACUUCAUGGACCUGCAGCCGGGGGCGCUCCUGGCACCGCCCCCCGCCCCCCGGCCCAUCAUCGCCCCCACCAAGCUGCGCGACCGCACCCACAACGUCACCGAGAAGGUCACACAGGUGCUGUCCCUGGGCGCCGACGUGCUCCCCGAGUACAAGCUGCAGGCGCCGCGCAUCCACCGCUGGACCAUCCUGCACUACAGCCCCUUCAAGGCCGUGUGGGACUGGCUGAUCCUGCUGCUGGUCAUCUACACGGCCAUCUUCACGCCCUACUCGGCCGCCUUCCUGCUCAGCGACUCGGAGGAGGCGCAGCGGCACCACUGCGGCUACUCGUGCAGCCCGCUCAACGUGGUGGACCUCAUCGUGGACAUCAUGUUCAUCAUCGACAUCCUCAUCAACUUCCGCACCACCUACGUCAACUCCAACGAGGAGGUGGUCAGCCACCCCGCCAAGAUCGCCAUCCACUACUUCAAGGGCUGGUUCCUCAUCGACAUGGUGGCCGCCAUCCCCUUCGACCUGCUCAUCUUCGGCUCCGGCUCCGAGGAGACCACGACGCUGAUCGGGCUGCUGAAGACGGCGCGGCUGCUGCGGCUGGUGCGGGUGGCCAGGAAGCUGGACCGCUACUCGGAGUACGGCGCGGCCGUGCUGUUCCUGCUGAUGUGCACCUUCGCGCUGAUCGCGCACUGGCUGGCCUGCAUCUGGUACGCCAUCGGCAACGUGGAGGGGCAGCGCACGGGCUGGCUGCACGCGCUGGGCCAGCAGAUCGGCAAGCCCCUCAACGGCAGCUUCGGGCCCUCCAUCAAGGACAAGUACGUCACGGCGCUCUACUUCACCUUCAGCAGCCUCACCAGCGUGGGCUUCGGCAACGUGUCCCCCAACACCAACUCCGAGAAGAUCUUCUCCAUCUGCGUCAUGCUCAUCGGAUCGCUGAUGUACGCCAGCAUCUUCGGGAACGUGUCGGCCAUCAUCCAGCGGCUGUACUCGGGCACGGCGCGCUACCACACGCAGAUGCUGCGCGUGCGCGAGUUCAUCCGCUUCCACCAGAUCCCCAACCCGCUGCGCCAGCGCCUCGAGGAGUACUUCCAGCACGCCUGGUCCUACACCAACGGCAUCGACAUGAACGCGGUGCUGAAGGGGUUCCCCGAGUGCCUGCAGGCCGACAUCUGCCUGCACCUGAACCGCAGCCUGCUGCAGAACUGCGCCCCGUUCCGCGGCGCCACCAAGGGCUGCCUGCGCGCCCUGGCCAUGAAGUUCAAGACCACCCACGCGCCCCCCGGGGACACGCUGGUGCACGCCGGGGACGUGCUCACCGCGCUCUACUUCAUCUCCCGCGGCUCCAUCGAGAUCCUGCGCGGCGACGUCGUGGUCGCCAUCCUGGGUAAGAACGACACCUUCGGGGAGCCGCUGCACCUGCACGCCCGGCCCGGGAAGUCGCGGGCGGACGUGCGCGCUCUCACCUACUGCGACCUGCACAAGAUCCUGCGCGAGGACCUGCUCGAGGUGCUCGACAUGUACCCCGAGUUCUCCGACCGCUUCUGGGGCACCCUCGAGAUCACCUUCAACCUGCGCGACACCAACAUGAUCCCCGGCUCCCCGGGCAGCGACGAGCUGGACGACGGCUUCUCCCGGCUGCGGCGCCGCAAGCUCUCCUUCCGCCGGCGCCCCGAGAAAGACGCCGCCAGCCCCGGCGAGCCCCGGGCGAUGCGCGGGGACGGCCAAGCGCCCGGAGCGCCCCCCGGCCCGGCCGAGUGGGACCCCCCCCCCAGCCCCUCCAGCUGCGGCUCCAGCGACGAGGAGGAGCCGCCCGCGCCCCCCCCGGGCGCCACCGCGCUGUCCCCGUUCCGCAGCGCGCCCCCCGCGCCCCCCGAGCCCGAGGAGCGCGGCGGCAGCGACACCUGCAACCCGCUCUCAGGCGCCUUCUCGGGGGUCUCCAACAUCUUCAGUUUUUGGGGUGACGCCCGGGGCCGCCAGUACCAGGAGCUGCCCCGCUGUUCCCACGGGGGCCCCCCAAACCCCACCCCGACCCUGACCCGCCGCCAGCGCUCCGACCUGGAAUCCCGCCUGGACCUGCUGCAGAAACAGCUCAACAGGCUGGAGUCGCGGCUGAGCUCGGACAUCUCGUCCAUCGUGCACCUGCUGCAGCGCCAGGUGCUGGUGCCCCCCGCCUACAGCGCCGUGACCUCCCCGCACCAGCCCCCCCCGGGGCCGCUGCCCCCCACCCUGCCCAUCACCCCCAUCCGCCCGCUCGCUCAGGUCCCGCGCCCCCCGCGCGCCCCCGACCCCCCGGACGUGGUGCUGCUGCUGGAGCCGCCCCCCCCGCGGCGCCGCUCCCUGCCCGGGGCGCUGCCCCCGCCCGCGGGGACCCCCCCGGGCACGCCCCCGCUGCAGAGACACUGCUCCGACCCCGGCAGCUAAUGGGAGCGACGGGGCGCGGCGGGACCCCCGAGCCACGGGACCCCCGCGGCCCCCGGAGCCCAGGGCGGGGCAGCCCUGGAGCCCCCAGAGCGCGAGAGACGGGACCCCCGAGCCCGGGACGGGGGACCCCGGCCCCGGAGUGUGCGA